CGUAAGAGAGUGUAGCAGAAACCGGAAGUUCAAGGCUGGCUCUCGCUUUAGAGGGCGAGUUUUCACGGGGGGUGUCGAGUCCCGAGCGGGCUGCGCACCAGUGGCUGAGGCCCUCGGCGUUUUGUCUGCGUCUCCCUGCUGCGGCCGCGCGACUCUGCGAGUGGCAGACUGACCAGGAAUCGCUCUGUGGCGGCCGAGUUGCAGCCUCCAGGGGAAAACAUGCCGUCUGCCAAGCAGCUGGCCGAUAUUGGCUACAAGACCUUCUCUGCCUCGAUGCUGCUGCUCACCGUGUACGGGGGUUACCUCUGCAGUGUCCGAGCCUACCGCUUUCUUCAGCUGCGCAGUGCCAGGCGCCAGGCCGCAGAAGAGCAGAAGACCUCAGGAGUCCUGGAGCAUAAAACGCAAAAGUCCUGCCCGCGUGUCAUCCAUGGCAGGAACUAGGCCACGAUGCCUUUCAACCCUGCUGGGCUAAAACGCCGUGGCUUCUGUGGUACUGCUGGCUUGUGCCAUUUUGACAGUUUAUGGAGGCCAUCAAGUAAAUGGGAACGUGAGGGUGAGGCUUAUUACAGAGAUUACUUUGUUUUGUUUAUGUUUUAGUGGUUCUGUCUGUGUACUUACCCAAAGAGUGUAUGGAUCAUAGAGGUGGGGCCUUGAAUUUUCUAAAAGCUUGGUCUCUCUUU